CUUGAAGAGGCUGCAACAAAACAUACACAGGACUUCAGACAACUGAAAACUGAAAAGAAAAGGCUUGAAAAGGAGCUAAAGAAGGCACAAGGAAAACUCGAUGGUGUACCUAAAGAGAAGUGCAGGAAAGUUAAGCAUGCGGAGACCCAGAGUUCAAGUGAAUAUCUUGCAACAGAUAUAGACAAAGAGAAAAUAAAGCUCUUGUUAGAAGAACUCUGGAUGUGCAUUGACAGUGCAACAGGAAAAAGAAAGAAUCAGGAAAAUGAUCCUGUCUUGGCUUCUGUUCAGGGUAAAGCAUGGCCUGAAAAAAGAAGACUGACUGUUACAGAAGAAACUGUAAAAAUCCACCAUAAGAUCAGGAAGUGUGAUGGCAAAACGCUGCCUUGGUAUUCUUCACUAGAAAGUCCUGGAAAGCAGAAUUCUGCAACAGCUAUGCAACUUCAGGCGAGUACUGAGCCUUUUGGAGGUGACUGUGUUGGGAACACGACUACUGAAGAAUGUCUGCGUAGUGAUGAGGAUAAAACUGUUGAUGUGAUAAUGCAGACAGAUGGAGCACACAGCAGCUCUGACUUCUCUGAUGAGGAGCAAAAGGGCCCGGGUGGAGAUGUGAUGGAUAUAUUGAAUUGGGCCAGGCCUCUCCCUGCUCUUCUUUCUCCAGUACAGCUUUCACCGCUAACUACACAGGAUAUAUUGUUUGGAGAAGUCACAGGUUCCAGUGAUGAAGAAGUUGAUUGCAGUGCUUCUGCAGUGGAGGAUAUUUUACACGAAGACCAAGUUCAGCUUCAGAGUUGUAAUGAAUUCAGCCUUAACGAGGAGUGUAACAGACAGAGCAAAUCACGUGAGCAUGGUCCUGAUGCAGAAAUCUCAUAUAACCUGAGUUGGAAUGAAAACAGUGUCCAUAUGGGUGCAAAGAUGUCAAGCAAAGAGGACAGAGAUGCUGAAACAAAGCAAGCUGAAGCUGCUGCUUUAAUUACAAACACGGAAACUAACAAAGCCUGUUUGGAGGAGAAUUCUGAGAAUGUGGAAACUGAGAAGAGAGACCUAACUGAAGAGGCAGCACAUGAAUUGAAAGCCAUCAAAGAAAAGAAAGGAGAUAGCAAGGACAUGCACAGUGAAGAGGGAGGUUCUUCGGCGGAUUUUAUGUUACACAGUUUCAAGCCUCAGAAUCAGAUGAAAAAAUGCAGUGAGAUAGAGCAAACAGAGGAGAAUGUAGUCAUGAUCAGAGCUGUUGAUGAUGAGGGUACCCAUGAAAAGCAUGGGGAAUUAAGGAAAACAGAAAGAGGUGGAUUAUCAGGAGAGAGAGAAACUUGCAGGGCAGUAUCUGUUCCCCAAAACGUUACUCAUUUGCCACCCGAGCAGUGCAUUGUGCUUCAAAGUGAAGGUUCUGAGGAGAAAUCUGAUGUGUUGAUACAGAAUGAAGUGGUUGAAAAUAAAUCAAAAAAUGUAAUCCAGCUAACUGAUAUGGCACCUGGUGUAGGAGAAAACAUAAAAGAAGUGAAAAUUGGAGAGGAAAUAACAGCUGCAACACAGAUGAAAGGACUCAGUGCAGAGGCAAAUAGUGAAGGAGAUCUCUCUGAAAAUGUAAUGUCUAAAUCCAGUAGUUCAAAAUCCUGUGAUGUGGAGUGUCCUAAAGACCUAAUGAUACAUCGUGAUGAGGAGGGAAUAAUAAUGGAGACUGAGGCAGACACUGGAGCUGUUGAGGUCUCUUCACAUUCUCAGUGCUCUGAAAUAAAACAUGACAGUGAAGACAUACCAGACAAACACCGUGUGCAAACAAGAAAAGAUGAAACGGGCAGAGAAUGCGAACCAGUGACUGUUAAAGUAUAUAGAAAUUGCUCACCUGUAUCUGCUAUUGAAGGAAUCGGAAAUUCAUUGUCUAAGGAUGACGUGGACAAAAAUGUAGGUAUGGACAGGACUGCUUUGUCAGCCCUUCCAAAAGAUGAUGAACAGCUCAAAAUCGAAGAUAUGGAUAUAACCAGACCUGAGACUGUUGAACAAGCCAUAAAUUUUAACAGAGAAAGUGUUCUAGAAAUAGCUGAAUCGUCAGAGCUACUCCAUAGUGCAGAAAAUGGAAAAUUAGUAGAUAUAAAGGAGGGGGGAUAUAUAAAAGGCAAACCACACCAGGAAGAAAACGGUAGUAAUUUAUCGCAAAGGAAGUCAGACUUGGAAAGUGUGGUUAUGCUUCCAAAGAUGGCAAGCAUUGUGGAUGCAGAAAGCAGUGCCGCUAAGUGUGAAUCCUCUCUGUUAGAUUUUACAGAAAUAAAAGGAGAAAUAAAACAACCUGAAAACGUGUAUAAUACAUCAGAAAGUGGGUUGUCCAAAACUCAAAACUUUGGAGUAUGUAAAUCUCAAGAGAAUGAAUUCAAAUUUGAUCCAGAAGAUUUCAGAGAGGAAAGCAGUGAGCUAAUAGAAAGAGUGGAUACCACUGAAUCUGUCGUUGUAGAAAGUAAUCUUACUUCUCAGGCACAGUGUGCAAAAACUCUGCAUCCAUUCUUGAUAACUGAAAAUGUUAGAUGUGAUGAAAUAAAAGGGGAGAUAAAUAAACAAAGCAAGGAGUUGGUGACUGAGACUUGUUCCAGUUCAUUUAACUGGGAAGAGAAUGCUGUAAAGAAAAAUAAUAUUUCAGAGUUGAUCUGCCAGCCUACUUCAGAAGUGGAAGUUAAUAGUGUCUUGGCUUUUUCUACUCAAGGCAACUCAGAGACGGGGCAUAUUAAUGCUGAGGAAACAGAUUCUCCUGUGCAAGAGGGAAUUGGCUUGGAAUCCACAACACCUCCUGAUCUGAAUUUCAGUCUUCAGAAUGUUGUCAGUUUUGUUGAAACUAAUUUCAAAGAAAAGGCUGGUUUUUCCCAUAUAUGGGAAAACAAAGGAGAUAAAAAUGAUGUUGCAGGGAGUGCAUUAAACUGUUCUCCAGAAAGCUUGGGAGAGGGUGCUGAUACCCUGUCUGCUGAAAAAGACAACGUGUGCCAAGAACUAGACUGCCCUAAGAGGAUAUGUGUACCCAAAAAUGAAGUGGAAAUUCCAGAUGAGAAGGAGCAGACAGUAGAUAAAGAACCUCAGACGUCUCUUAAAUCACAGAUCCUGGAUGCAAACUCUUACUAUAAGAAUGCUUCUCUUCAAAAGUUUGAUUGUCAGGAAUCAGGGUGCAUGACUUCUGUGUGGGAGGUUAGAACAGAUCCUUCUAGAACUGGUUCACUAACAGCAGGGGGAGAAAGCAAAGAAUUGAAUGGGUUUGAGGCAUCUGGGGAAAAUGCCAUAAGAAGGUCUAAAAAUGAUUUUGAUAUGCCAGAGCAGAGCAAUGAAUCUGAAGAGACAGACUCUUCUAUACAAACAGUUAAAUGUGUGAAAUGUCCUGAAUGUGUUCCCCUGUUCAGACCGGAACUGGGAGCUUCCAGAAUUGCAGUGGGUGCUCUGGAAACUAGUGCAGUCGUCGAUGGUGACUACCGAGCAUGUGAACUGCAUUCAACGAUGCGCUCAGGAAAUGCUCUGACAGUUAGGGAUCUGAAAGCAGACCCCGUGGUGGAUGUGGAUACACACGGUGAAACAAACACCUCUCCAGAUUCUGCUGUUGAGUUGUCAGGUGGGGUUGGGGAGGGUUGUUGUAAAGACUUAACCUCUUGGAAAAGAGAGUGUGUGUUAGUAACCUCUGAAAAUACUGAGAGUGCUAAUGAAUGCAUGGUAGACUCUAACAGAGCAGGAAACAUCAGUGACAGUGAGGAAAGGCUGUUAAAAACUGGGACAUCAAAAGAAGGCCCUGUGAUGCCAAAUGCUUCAAAAGAGAGCUUACCGCUAUGCCAGAUGUUAACCAAAUUGUCAGAAACUUGCAGACUGACUGUAAAAAACAGUAAAUUAAAUAAAAGAAAAACAUUUGACAAUUUCUUAGAAGAAACUGAUUCUGAAAUUCUGCAGUCAGACACGGAGCCAAGCCUACACGGCGCUGAUACGGGGGUCUCAGUGUUUGAAGAACAUAAUCAUAAUCAAACUUGCACUUCUUGCACUAUAGGAGAAAACAAAACUGAUGUUAUCCUAGAUGGUAGCAGUAAGAAAAAAAAAAAAGUCCGGUAUCUUCCAAAUCCAGCCCCAUCUGAGGUAGAGUGCAGUUGUCAGACAGCUGGGCAGCUUUCUGAGCCACAAACACCAGGAUUUGAGAAGCCGUGUAUGUUGGAGUCUGAGUCUCGUGUGGAUGUGGCUCUCAAAAAGAGCAACGAAUUGAAGCGCAAAGACACCAAGACAGCUGCCCAGGUAAUACAUGCCAGGCUAUCAAAGAGGUUGUUUCAGGGUAAAAGAAAAACCAAGACUCUCAAAGCUCAGCUGUCUCAGCCAGUUCUUGCAAGUGCUGAUACUUCUGUGCCAACAAAAUGCUCACCUGAGACUAUAAAUAAAAUUAGGCAAGAGAUGGGUCCUCCUCUGCCUCCCUUGUUACCUCCCUUGAUCGCUACUCCUCCGAAAGCUGCGUGUUCCACGUCCCCGUCCAUGUCUCCUGCUGGCCGAUCCUCCCUCCUUUCCCCGCUUGAUGACCUGAUCUCCCCACUGCGUGAAACUCCUGUUCCUCCUCUCAUGUCUCCGUUAAAAGACACUCCGACAGUAAAAUCUGCCCUCUUACUUUCUCCUCCCUCACCCUCAGAAAUGGCAGCAGGGAGAAGGAUUUGCUCCUCGCCUUUAAAAUUUUGUACUUCCAUUCCAAAGCAUGCGCUUCCUGUGCCAGGAAGAUUUCCUCUGUUGGCGGGGGAUAGUGCUGCUCCAGGUGCUCCCCAGGAGAACUCUGUGAAAAUAUUGGACACUAUGUAUCCGGAGCUGUCUGCAAGGGCAAGGACACUGAACAUUCUGAAAGGCAAUAUUCAGCUUAACCGAUGUGCUUUUCCAGACAGCCAGGGUUUGCCAGGACCUAUGGCUCAGAUAGGUGGGUUCAAAGCAAUUGCGUCCACAUCAACUGCUUUUGUUAAAACUGGGAGCAAUUUGAAGUCUGAUAGUAGCAAACAUCAAGACCAAGAUGUGCAGAAUCGGCAAAGGCUGUCAAGCUCAUCAAAUCAUCUUGAAAACGAGACGCUAUUGCCAGUAUCUAUGCCAAGAAGUGCGAAGAGGCUGAGGUUGGACAGUGAACCGCCAAAGCUGGAGCCCAGUGAUAUUGCUGCUGUCGAAAAUACUAAAAAUACAGUCUCUGAAAUGCAGGAGGCUUUCUGUGACAAAAGCUGUGAAAACAGCGAUGCAGCGCACAGUUCCAGUUCAGAACCAGUAACGGUUACUGAUCCUAGCUGCCAGAAAGUUUCUUUGGCACUGAAGAAAAUUGCUGAAUCCUGUUUUGACUUGUUACCAGUUAUUAAAGGUCACGUGUAUGUCGGCAACAUCUCAAAGAUUCCAAUAAUGAGAGAUGAAGAGAAAGAAGUUGUCUAUGAAUUUGGUAUAAAAAACAAGCAUUUAGCAGAGUCCUUGCUGCAUGCUAUUCUCGAUAAACUCAGGGCUCAGAAGAAUGCCACAGAUUACAGUUUCAAUCAGGCCCUGUGUCGGGUCUAUACAGGAAUCUGUCGACAGUUGGGAGAUUUGGAAAGAGCCCGCCUUCUCUGCUACAGCUUACUUAAAGAAGACUUUCCAGACUCAGAAAAAUUGAUCUUAUUUAUCACAAAUGUAUGGUCUGACAUAUUUGUCUUCCAAGGUGCAAUUAACAAAGCUAUGCAAUUAGUUGUCAGGCAGACUGCCAGCAGUGAGAUGAUGGACUGUUUGAGUGCUUAUCUCAAGUGGGAACAGAGUUCCUCUUUAGAUGCCGGUAUUACGGUCUCAAACCUGCUUUUAGAAAUGCAGUCAUGUCCCAAAGUAGAAUUUCAACAGAGUGAGCAAUACGGAGAAGAUCUGAGUGAAGAUGCCUGGCAGUACAUAUUUGCUGUUGAUCUACUCUGCUGUCACCUGAAGUGGGAUUGGACACAUGACAAUGUUAUAAGCAAAGUGCUUUGGCCUUCCAUGGAUAAAUGGGUAAAGAAGAGAAAGGGGCAUGAAACUGCUCAGUGCAUUCCUGACAGUGUUAUAGCAUUGACACUCAGGCUAAUUGGUCGAUUGGGCCAAAUAGGUCUGAAGGAAGGACGCCUUGCUGCAGUGAAGAAUAUUAGUUCUGUAAUUGGACUGUUUGUACAGCACGCAAAAGAGGAAGGUGUUCCCUGGGGUGUGCAGCUGGCAGCCAUAUAUGCACUGUGUGACUUGGGUUCAAGCAAUCCAGAAGGUAUCGUUGAGGCCAUCCGUGCUUGGAGAGCAACAGUUCUGAACAAGAUCCCUUUUGCUGUCACAAGGGGCAUCGCUGAAAUCACUCCUCUGUGUAAAAUGGAGCUGAACUAA